CCUUUAGUCCAUGUUCCACACUAUACACACACACACACACACACACAGAGUAAACCAUGGAGCAGAAGAAGAUCCUGUGUGUUGGGUUGGUGUGUUUGGACAUCAUUAACGUGGUGGAUCAGUUUCCGGAAGAGGACACGGACACCAGAUGUGUGUCUCAGAGGUGGCAGCGAGGUGGGAAUGCCUCCAACUCCUGCACAGUUCUGUCUCUGCUCGGUGCUCCCUGUGCCUUCAUGGGUUCUCUGGCUGCAGGACCAAUUGCUGACUACAUCCUGAAUGAUUUUAAAUUGUUCCACAUUGAUGUGUCUCUUGUCACUGAGCAUGCUCAGUGCUCAUGCCCCGCCUCCGUCGUCAUCAGCAACCAGACCAGUGGCACGCGCACCAUCUUGCACAUGAACAGAAACCUGCCUGAUGUUUGUGCAGAUGAUUUCUCAAAGCUGGAUCUCAGGCAGUAUAAAUGGAUUCACUUUGAGGGUCGUAAUGCUGAUGAACAGGUGAAGAUGAUUGAGCAGGUUAAAAGCUUCAAUGCCACACAGGAGGAGAAGAACAGGAUCACCGUCUCUGUGGAGAUCGAGAAAACCCGUCCCUCACUCUAUCAGCUCUUCCCCCAUGGAGACGUGGUGUUUGUAAGUAAAGAUGUGGCGAUGCAUUUCGGCUUCGAUUCGGCUGCCAGUGCAGUGAAGGGUUUUUACGGCCGUGUGAAAGACGGGGCAGUGUUGAUCUGUGCCUGGGCGGAGAAAGGUGCUGAUGCUAAGGGUCCUGAUGGUACUGUUCUGCACUCUGAAGCUUUCCCUCCGGAGAAACUGGUGGACACACUCGGGGCUGGAGACACCUUUAAUGCCUCGGUCAUUUACAGUCUGUCUCGUGGAGGGUCUUUACAGGAAGCACUCACAUUUGGCUGCCAGAUUGCGGGAAAGAAAUGCGGCGUUCACGGCUACGAUGGGAUUGUUCUGUAAAAACAAGAGCUGAGGACGUUACAGAUGUUCAGGAAAAUCAUGAACGGGUUGAAAACUACAUUCCUGCAGAUCAGCAGCUUCAAUACAAAUCACAUACACUGUAGAGCCAAAAGAUUGUGGACAUCAAGCAGAAGAUCUCUAUGUGCUUCUUUCUGAACGUCACAGUUCGAUGUUUAGUCUCCAUUUGCUUUUUAAAAAUAAAAUCCAAUCUUCUGGGAAGAUGUUCUACUCGAUUUCGUGGAGAUUUCAUACCAUAGACAACCUGCUCCACUGUGUACCUCCAACGUUGUGGAACAGUUUGGAAAAGAAGCACAUCAGAGUGAAGAAAGUCCAGGUGUCCCAAUAUUUUGCCCAGAUAGUGUGUGUGUGUGUGUGUGUGUGUGUGUGUGUGUGUGUAAAUAUAUAGAUAUAUAAAAUCACAUAAGCUAUACCUUUAUGAAUGCACCACCUUCACAUUAAAGAAGGCACUUGUACACUUUCCCUUAGUUGAGAACUUUUAGGGGUCUAAGGGAAGAUGGUCAGAUGAAGGACAGUGUGAGUGUAUAAUAAUAAUAAUAAUAAUAAUAAUAAUAAUACUUGAGAAAACUAAUUCCUUCAAAUCUCUUAUUUGGUACUUGCUGCUAAAUCAAUUAAAUAUCAAGUGAAUUAUUAGCAUGCUAAUCAAUGGCUAGCUAAUUGGCUAGCUGGUAAUUAGUGAGCUGAUGUAACUGUACAGAGUUUUAUAUACCCAAACCUUUUCCUACAAGCUCUGAGUAUUUAUUACCACCUUCAGCCUGCUGCAGUGCAUUGUGGGAAUCUAGAUAAACACUGGGUUUUCAACAUGUUUUUCUUUUUUUUUUUAUUGUAAACUAUUUCUACAAUUUCAGCUGAACAUUGCAAUCUAUGGAAAUUAUAUUAUACAAAAAUAUUGAUCAGAAAUAUUACAAAUAAAUCUUAUAUUUUGUUCUGCUUUCAGCAUCUUUUAAUCACACAUUAAAAUAAUAAUAAUAAUAAUAAUAAUACUUUAUACUGUGCUUUUUAACAAUUUCCACCGGUGCCCUGUGGGUAAUGAUACCUGUGGUGGACGUUGGUAACUCGGGCCUCGACUGAUCCGCUAUGAAUUUCUGAUUCCUGAUCCGUAUAAUUUAUUUUGCACAUUUUUACGCUGGAUGUCCUUCAUAACACCAACCUCCACAUUUAUCCAGACUUGAGACCUUCUUUUAUAGAUUGGAUUCUUCUUGGUAUUGUUGAAUGUUGAAUUUAAUACAAAUAAAGAAGAAAACACUGAA